AUUUUUAUCAUAAACACAGAAAAAAAGUGAACGACGAGACUAAGCUACAUGCUAAAUCCCAAAUCCAAAAAUGCUUUCCAAAAUCACAUUUUCUCCCCCAAAUUCUUGCUCCCUUUUGUACAACAAGUUUGGCUGUUCUGCAAGGAUUGGAAGCUCUAGGUUUAAGGUUGCCAGUCAGUUUCAAGGGGACAAAUGGAAGAUUAACGACAUUGAUCCCAAUGCAGUGCAAGAAAGAUUGAAUUCAUGGUUUUCAAAAACCCAAAACUUUUUGAAUGGGGUGACUUUAAAUUUGACUUCACCACGGGUAAAGUCUGGUGAUAGUGGGAAGCCUGAUAAUGGAGCUACAGUUGAUGCUCAACAACUUGAAGAAAUAUUUAUGGCAGAGCAGACUAUUCACAGCAGCACACCAAAUGGGAUUCUUUCAGUACCAGCUAUUGUAUCUAUUGAGCAAUUUAGCAGGAUGAAUGGAUUGACGGGGUACAAGUCGCAGAAGAUAUUCAAAGCGCUUGUCAAUGAAUCUGUUAAUAAUGAUGCACGUAAUUUGGUGGAGUAUUGCUGUUUUAGGUUCUUGUCUAGGGAUAACUCUGCUAUCCAUCCCUGCCUCAAGGAGCCAGCAUUCCAGCGACUAAUUUUCAUCACAAUGCAUGCAUGGGAGAAUCCUUACCGCAAAGAAAAUGAUUCUGAAAAAGCUUCUUUUCAGGGGAUGCUCGUUGGAGAAGAAGCUUUUGCACGUAUUGCUCCUGCUAUUUCAGGCAUCGCUGAUCGCUCCACGGUGCAUAAUCUUUUCAGGGCGCUUGCUGGGGAUCAACAGGGUAUCUCUUUGGGAACAUGGGUCACAUAUGUUGAUGAACUUCUCAAAGUUCAUGGAGCACGGAAAUCAUAUGAGACUCGUGAAUCCACUUGGAUUUCAGAUGAGAGAAUCUUAUGCAUCGGCUCUAGCAAGAAGCGGCCUGUUGUCAAGUGGGAGAAUAACAUGGCAUGGCCUGGAAAAGUUAUAUUAACUGAUAAGGCACUCUAUUUUGAGGCAUUUGACUUACGUGGGAAGAAAGAUUCUACAAGGCUCGAUCUUACAACAAACAAAAUGCAGGUGGAGAAAACAAAAGUUGGACCUUUUGGUGUUGUACUUUUUGACUCUGCAGUUUCCAUUUCAUCUGGUCCUAAAUCAGAGACAUGGGUGCUAGAAUUUGUUGACCUGGGAGGUGAAUUGAGAAGAGAUGUAUGGCAUGCAUUCAUCAGUGAAGUAAUCUCUUUACACAAGUUCAUUUGUGAGUUUGGACCUGAGGAGGGUGAUCAAUCAAUAAAUCAAGUGUAUGGUGCCCAAAAAGGGAAGGAAAGGGCUACCACCAGUGCCGUUAAUAGUAUUGCUAGACUUCAGGCCCUUCAAUUUACAAAGAAGUUGCUGGAUGAUCCCAUCAAACUUGUUCAGUUCUCAUAUUUGCAAAAUGUACCCUAUGGUGACAUUGUUUACCAAACUCUAGCUGUAAAUUAUUGGGGUGGAGCAUUAGUUAAAAAGUAUACCGAUACAGAUUAUCGACCAUCUCAAGUGGCAGGUCCUUCUGAAGAGGUACUGGAAAUUAGUAAUCAUGUUUAUGACAUUGAUGGAAGUGUUUACUUACAGAAGUGGAAGAGGUCUCCAUCCUGGGAAUCUAGUGCUUCCAUCAAUUUCUGGAAGAAUUCCUCAAUAAAUCAAGGGAUGGUAUUGAGUAAAAAUCUCGUUGUGGCAGAUGUGACUCUUAUAGAGAGAGCAGCAAUGACAUGCAAAGAAAAGUGCCAGUUGGUUGAAAUAACUCAAGCAACAAUUGACGCUGCAACACUUAAGGGGAUACCGAGUAACAUUGACCUUUUCAAGGAACUGAUGCUUCCUUUGACUGUGAUUGCUAAGAACUUUGAAAGACUGCGACGAUGGGAAGAGCCACAUCUGACCAUCUCUUUUCUUGCAUUCUCAUAUUUGAUUAUUUUCAGAAAUUUGCUCCCCUAUGUAUUUCCGAUGAUGCUGAUGGUUUUAGCAGCUGCGAUGCUGACAUUGAAGGGGCUCAAGGAUCAAGGACGCUUGGGGAGAUUGUUUGGAAAAGUUACUAUCCGUGAUCAACCACCAUCAAAUACUAUUCAAAAGAUCAUAGCUGUAAGAGAUGCUAUGCAGGAUGUGGAAAAUUAUCUCCAGAAUAUGAAUGUCACUCUUCUAAAAAUACGCACGAUUGUUCUUGCAGGUUAUCCUCAGAUAACUACUGAGGUUGCUCUGGUGCUAUUUUCUUCCGCUGCCAUUCUGCUUUUUGUCCCAUUCAAGUAUGUUGCUGCUUGUCUUAUCUUUGAUCUCUUCACUCGGGAGCUCGAGUUCCGGAGGGAAAUGGCUAAGAAGUUUGUUACCUUUCUGAAGGAGCGUUGGGACACGGUACCUGCAGCUCCCGUAGCCGUUUUACCUUUUGAAAGUAUUGUCUCUACACAAGGUAAUCAACAGAAGAAAAUAGAUGAGCAGACAAAAAAGAAGCUAUAGUAGUGGCAAGCGUAGAGGUAAUCAUGUAUAUAGGAUGGCAAAUGGUUAUAAUGAAAAAGCCACCUGCAGCCUGCUGGUCCACAUUAAUGGAAGCAAUUCAGAAUCUUGUUUAGGGAAUUUGUACAACUCAUUCCUCUUAACAUGGUUCAGCAUGUAAACUGCUGAUUCUCCCUAAAUGCCCUCAAUGCCAAUUCAGAAUCUUGCCAAUGAAGUUAAACGAUCGAAAUGCCCAGGUAGUGAUGAAUAAAAAACUUUUCCACUGGUUA